AUGGCUCCGCCGCCUCGCAGCACACAGCGAACCCCGCAGCACCCCUCAACAAAGGGCAAUUCGCCUGCACCCGCCGUUGCUCCUGCUCUCUCGCCGCCUUGGCCGCCCGCAUCGUUAUUCUACUCACCCACGUCGUUGACAGCCAUCAAUCCCCUCGCUGCCGACUCAACGGCUUUCUGCCACCACGGGACUCAACGUACCCCAUUCGUCGCUGACGUCCGCGCCAAUUGUCAGCACGAGCCACCGCCCAAGAGCCAGCGUCGCCAUCCAAUUGCUUGCACCAUGGGCCUGUUCAAUGGCGUCAAAAGCGCGGUCAGGCGUGUUGGCGGCAAGCGAAUCAAGGAGGCCAACAGGGAGAAGAAGCAGAAAAGAGCAAGUGGCGCAUGCGAGCCGGAAAACGACGGCGGAGGGCUGGCCGAGGAAGAGAAGGCACCGCCACAGCCAGAGCCGUCUGAUAAAGUCGCAGUGAGCCUACAGCCUUACUCGGAAUCAGUUGACGACAACUUCGAGCCAGAGACUGAGGCAGGUCUGGAUCCACAACCAUCAUCAGAGCCGCCACUGCAACUGCCCUUGGACAAGAUGCAAGAUAAGCAACCGCCUCUGCCCCGGCUGCAGACCGACUUUCAGUUCGACAUAAGGUCUGCGUCGGACUCCGAGCCGACAGAAUGUGAUUCUGACUGCGACUGUGGCCUGGAGACAGAUGAAGAGGAUCUUUCGGAGGACGGCCUGAGCCAGAGUCGGGGCCCAGAUUCUCGAGCAGCGCGUCCAGAAAGGCGGAGGAGCGAACUAGGCCGGGAGCAGACCCACGAAUCCGCGUCUCAGGGCGAGACAUCUGUUGAGCCUUACAGGUUUCCUUUCCAAAGCGGGCCAGAGGAUCAGCAAAGCUUCUAUUCUGGCGCGGAUAAGGCUCCCAGCCCCAAGGCGUCCAGCUAUCGUGGCCACGGCCGGGUGGAUUCGCAUGCCUCGCCUAUCGUCGAGGAUCUCCGCCAUAACCCUUCGAUUAGGGCCGAGGUGGUGCGGGAGCGGAAAGUGUCGUGGGACGAGCUUCGAAAGCCCACGUUGCGGUCUCUGAGAAAGCCCCUGCCCCUGGAGCCGCUGCAAUACUACGGUUUCGGAAAGCUUGGUCGCGCCAACAAUCACAAGCCUCUAUUCGCAGCCGCACGACGCAAGCUCAGCGAUGAUCCAAUCAGCCCUACCUCCCAGCCUGAGAAGCAGGACAUGCCAGGGACACCCAAUUCCAGCCCACCUGCCACAAACAGUGCUCCCGGCCCGGACCUUGGCAGUUCACACGACGCCACCGUUUCUGAUACCGAGUCCAGUACAUCGGGCGGCUCGUCGGACGCCGAAUCCGAGAUUUCGGGGUCGGUGCUCGCUGUGGCUCGACGCUCUCAGCAGCCCACUCGCGCAGUCUCGGUGCCUGCAAUGCAGGGACGGCGCGCUGGUCAGGAGCGUGGUGGUUCUUUGAAUACUGUGCGUUCUGCAGAAUGGAUGAAAGGCGGUCCACCAUCGUCCUUCUACCCCAAUCCGGACAGGCCGGCCGGUCCCGCGGGCCUAGACAACCAUAUUGCCGGCUAUUCCUUGCAGCCGCGCUACGGGUCUGCAAGCGUUGGCCAUCUGUUUCAAGGCGGUUCUGCUGCCAAGCGACCACCGGGCCGUCGAAGUAGAGCCAGUCUUCCAGCGGUGCCCAGCUCAGGGGAAAUGGGAUGGCGCAUCGCGAGAUCCAAAGGGGAUAGACGACAGGACGAAUUCAUCAAGCGAGAGGUGGACCAGCUGUUUGAAGAAAGGCGCCGCCAGAAACGAGAAAAGGAAAUAUUCGCGGGCCGUAUCGCUGAGCUUGAAUACGAGAACAGCCGGAUGGCGGCCAACAACGGCGAAAUAUCCCUGAAGAACGGCAAGCUCGAGAAGACGGUUGCGACCAUGUCUACGCGCUUCGUCGAGCAACGCCGCAAAAUGGCGGAGCUGGAGAUGCGCCAGCGGGGGUUGGAGGACUACGAGGCGCGGCUCAAGGACAACGCGCACGGCCUGCUCACUCCGCCUGACACUGCGUCAUCUAGAUCAACGCCGGGGAACCCGGAUCGAGUCAUAGCUUGGGCUGAGACCCUGGCCGACUCGGCCCAGAUCGCCGCCGACAUCCCGGCAGCUCCGGGGGCUUUGCAGAAACACGAGGCUGUGCAUGAUGUUGAUGCAUCGGGCCGGACCCUCGACGAAACCGUCGUCAAUGCUCUCCGCGAACUUUCGAACCCAUCCACCACCAAAUCCUUCUCGGAUUUCUCUGCUUUACAGGACCACCCCCACGACGACUCCCAACCUGAAAUGCCAGUAGCGUGUGUUGCUCAACCGCAGGAUUUCCCUUCAGCGCUCAAAAUGCCAGGAACCAGACUCCGUACUCUCAAGCCUGCAACCCCAAUAUACUCGCAGUCCAACUACUCGGCAGCAACGCUUGGUUCUGAACAACAACCACGCCAUCGACCUGGGCCAGGCCUGGAUGGCGAGCAGGCUCCGAGCAAUCUUCAUGGCAAGGAUGGAUGUCAACGGCUGAGCCCUGCCCCGGUCCCAGUCCCCGCGGCCUCACGCCAGACUUCUCAGUUUUCCCUCAGAUACCACUACGGACGGUCUCGACAGCAACCCAAACAGGUGCAGUUCGACAGAAGUCAGGGCGAGAAGGCGCAAGAACCCAGGAACCUCCCGGCCCCAGCUCCUACCCGAUCGAAGGAUAUCGUGGACAGGCUUGUGAAACAGCAGCAGAGACCAGUCGAUAGACACGUUUCUCCAACGGGCAUCAUCCAGCACCCACCACACCUCAACCAAGUGCUCACGCAGCAGCCAUCAAACCCUUAUCUGCCUGGCCACCCCAACGUUGCGGCAAUGAACAAUUUCCAAACGUUCCAGCCUCAACACCAGGCCCACAACAUGCAUAGCCUCCAAUACUAUCAGCAGCAACAACCGGGCUACUGCGAGAGUCAAGUGACGCCAGCGCAUCAAUGGCACAUGCAAGCUCCACGCCAACAUUCGGCACCCGCGAACGUUCCGCUCAUCCAACACCACCAAAGCCCCCUCCGUCAUGCCUAUUCAUCCAGUCAAAUCCAACCAUCCGUCCACGCAUCAGCCUCGACCGGGGUCCUCGCCCGUGCCCAGCACGCACCCCUCCCGGAACCACUCCGCAAACCAUCCCAGCAAACGCUCCAACCCCCCCGCCCGAGCACAUCCGCCGGCGCUUCACGCCCAACCCUCCAGCCGCCCCGCCCGAGCACCUCCCACGGCCGAUCCCAACCGCCCAUGUCCCGAAGCCUCUACCCUCCCCGCCCGGGCACCAGCCACAGCACGUGCGCCAGCACCUUCGGCAGCAGCACCGUCAUCGCACCACCCCCGCCCCCUCUCCCAACCAUCCCGCAAUUCGCCCAGCAACAACAACAACAACAACAACAACAACAACAACAACAACAACAACAACAACAACAACAACAACAACAACAACAACAACAACAACAACACCUCCCUUACCAACCCCAGGCGCAACCCCUCUCCCUCCCCCAACCACCCCUCCAACGCCACCCGACCGGCGCCGCCACCGCCUUCCCCACCGGCUCCUACCUCCCGUUCCCGCUGCCACCGCACCAACUCCUAGCAGCCGGCGGCCCGACGGCGAGCGCGCGCAGCAACGACACGAGCACGUCGACGCACAGCACCGUGCUCGGCCGCAUGCAGCGCCGGGCGCGGUGCGGGCUCGCCGAGAACGAGCGCGCCAACGCCGAGGAGGCGGCGGCGACGCGGCGGCGGCGGGCUGCCGCUGGCGGACUGAGUGCCGAUCAGCAGCAGCGGCAACAGCAGCAGCGCGGCUCGAAGGGCGUGAAGGCGAAUGCUGGUUUGGCGGGGGGGCAGCAGCAGAGGGAGGGGGAGGCGAAUGGCGUGGUUUGGGGGAGGGAUUUGGUGGAUGAGGGGGUGCAGAGCGCGAAGGAGGAGGCGGCGAGGCUGUGGAGGGAGAGGGAGGAGAGGGAGGAGGUGAGGCGGAGGGAGGCGGAGGAUCGGCGGAUCAGGGGGGAGAUGGAGAGGUUGGUGGCGAGGGAGAAGAUGGAGAAGAUGGGGGUGUUUGCGUAG